AUGAAGACAAAAAGCAAACAUACGACGAACGAAAUCGAAUUCAAAAUCUGGCAAUUUUUAGCGUUGACCAUUGCUGCUAGUGCCUGUGUAAUUGCUCUCGGGCCAUUGACUCUUCAAUAUCGAUCAACGAAAUGCGAUGUUAUCUAUGUCGAGAAAGUCGUUACGCCUCCAAAAUCGAAUACUUCUCAAACAGCAUCCAAUUCUCAUGGAAGAUAUGUUCGUGAUAUCAAUCGACAAGAACAAUGUCCAGCAAUUCCACCCAUGUGUAGCGCAACGUCAACCGUACCAACAAUACCAACUGCUUCAACAGUGUCAACCACCCGAUCUACGCCAAGCACACCUAAAGUAACACGUCCAGUAAUCACGACCUCUCCAACAACACAACGAACAACAACACCAGACCCAUGGCCGAACGGCACUCGACCAUAUUCAUCGUGGCGUUUACCAGUAUUUGCAACACCUACCGACUAUACAUUGAAUAUUGCUUGUCCGGAUUGCUUUGCGCUUAUUUCAAACUUAACAUCGAUCACAUUCACCGGUCAAGUGACAAUCAAUAUCAGUCUAAGUGAACAAACCAAUUUCUUGGUUCUUCAUUCCAAAAAUUUGAAUAUUACCGAAGCGAAAUUAACAGCUGGUGGUUCUAACACAGCAACAGUUACGUAUUUGUCCGACACGGAUAUGGUUUAUUUGCGGUUUCCUGCACAAAUUCCAGUGGGUUCGAUAACUUUGGAAAUUACUUAUACGGGAAAAAUCAACGAACGAGAUCAAACCGGAUUCUAUCGCGAAAUGUUCUGGAAAUCAGUUGGUGAAAUAAGCUAUUUAUUAGCUUCCAAUUUUCAACCAAUUCAUGCGCGACAAGCUUUUCCAUGCUUCGAUGAACCAAGUAUGCAAGCAAGUUUCACCUUGACACUUGAGCAUCCUAAUACCGCCGUUGCACUAUCGAAUCUUCCCACACAAGCAACUUCUGGGACGACGACAACAUUUGCCAAAACAUAUCCGAUGAGUACUUAUUCCUUAGCCUGGGCUAUUCUGCCUAUCGAUGAAUUUCCAGUGGUCACGCAAACGAUUCAAGGUGUUACAGUCAAUGUUCGUGUUCGACCAGAAUUACUCGGCGCAUCAAAUGCAAACCUAGAUUGGACAUUCGAUGUCGUUAAUAAAACAUUUCAGUUUAUUCAAGAGUAUACGAAUGUGACAACUACGGACUUUAUAACUAAACUUGAUUUGAUUGGCGUACCCGAUUUAAUUCUUGACGAAAAAGCUUCGGCAUCGUGGGGCUUAAUAACAUUCCGUGAAGAACUUCUCACCACAGAUGUGAGCUUGAAUUCUGCAGAACGACAACAAACAACCACGAAAAUUCUUGUUGAACAUCUUUUACAACCUUGGUUUUCAACUGCAGAUUGGUGGGACAACAUUUGGUUUGGUAAAUCUCUCUCAAUAUUUCUCGCAUACAAAGCAAUCGAUGCAAAGUAUCCAGAUUUUCAAUUAAUGGACCAAUUUCCUAUUCGUGAAAUGAUGCCAUUGAUGAUGGAUGAUUUCAAACCAAGUAUCUGGCCUGUUUCUGAGCAGAAUUUAACAAACAAUCAGCAAAUUCUUGAUUAUUUAUCGACACAUAUCUAUAGCAAAGGUGCUUCACUUCUUCGUUUACUCGAACAUAUCUGCGAAGCUGAUGUGUUUCAAACAGCUGUUACGAGUCUUCUCUCAAUAACAAAUAUGUCGGACAUUUUACCAACAUUCUAUUCGAAUUUUAAUCUGAGUUCAGUAGUAAAUACGAAUGUUACCGCUGAGGAAUUUCUUCGUUCUUGGUUGGAAGAACGAAAUUAUCCGAUUUUAACCAUUGAUGUCAUUCCCAAUAAUGUCACAGAUAAAAACACAACCUUGAUUUUCCGUCAAGCACGAUAUUUUGGUUCAGCAGAACUAGAUUCCAGUUCAUUGGAUAUCAAUUAUAAAUGGAAAAUGUUUGUUGAAUGUGAUCUCGGUGGUUCGAAUGACAAUAAUAAUUUCAAUUUAACAGCUGAUGUGGAUAAAUCAAGAAUCAAAUUUAUCCUCGAAUCAUCGACAGAAGUCGUUCAAAUCUUAGAUAAAGAAUAUCUCUGGAUUAAAUGUAAUAAAGAUUUCUAUUCAUACCAAGUUACUGAAUAUGUCUUAGAGAAUGAUGAUCCACAUGGUAUUUGGCAACGUUUAGAAUUGUUGUUUCAAAAUGAUGAAAUCUUCUCCGUCCGUUUUCUGUUUGACGAUCCAGCGGGAAAUUACUUACCUUGGUCAGUGUUUGUUUGGCAUUGGAAUUAUCUAAUGGGCGUGGAAGAACAUUCCUCAUUCUUCUGGAAUUUCAAAUCGUUUGCAACUCGUCAAACAUUAGCUCCAUUCAGUAGGGAUAUCAACAACAUUGUUACUAUUGGAACAACACACCAAGACAAAUUGAUCAAGUCACUGCUGUUCGAGUUACUCUGCCGUGUUCAAAAUCCCGAUGCAUUGUACAAAGCAUCUGAACUCUUUCACCGCAUUCCGGAGAGCUAUUUCAUGAAUUCCACCGGUGUUGUCAACGUUGAUCCCAAUUUGCUCGCCACAGUCAUUUAUUAUCAUAUACAGAAUACAAACGAUGUGGAUGAUUGGGAUAACCUUUGGUAUUAUUUUACAGAAAAUGAAGCGACUACGAGCCAGCAACGAAGCACAAUCCUUCGAGCUCUUGGUGCUUCGAAAGAAACAUGGCGAUUGAAAAAAAUCUUGGAGCAAGGUUUUGAUACUAAAUCAAAUAUAAUUGAAACACAGGAAUUCUUUGAUUUAAUUAUCACCAUUAGUCAAAAUCCGGUUGGACGAGAUAUUGUUUGGAAUUUCUAUCGUCAUAAUUAUCGAGAUUUACUGGCAACUUACGGUGAAACAAAUCGUUUGUUUAAUCAAUUGAUAACAAAUAUUGUACAAACAUUCGAGAAUGAAUACUAUUACUUACAGAUGCAAAAAUUUGUCAACGAAUUUCCAAGUUCAUCGCAAUAUCAAAAACUAGCAAGCGAUCAAAUUAUAAUCAAUUUCAUCUGGUUGCUCGAUGGAAUGGCUGAGAGUCUUGACGGAGCCGUCUCAGCAGGUGAUCGAAUUACUCGAAAAGACUAA